AUGCAGAUCUGGAGGUUUAUGAUUGGAGAGAAGGUUUUGUUGAAAGUAUCGCUUAUAAAAGGUGUUAUGAGGUUUGAGAUGAACAGCAUACUCAACCCUAGAUUCAUUGGUCUAUUUGAGGUGCUCCAGCGUAUCGGAGAAAUGGCUUAUGAGCUUUCUAUACCACUAGAUUUAUUAAAUGUUCAUACGUUUUUCUAUGUUUUGAUUUUAAAGAAAUAUCGUGGUGAUGGUUCUCUUGUAAUUAAAUGGUACUCGGUGCAAUUGCGCAAAAAUUUGACAUUUGACGAAGAACCUAUGGCUAUUAUAGAUAGGCAAGUUAGCAAUGUAAGAUCCAAGGAUAGAGCAUCUGUGAAGGUGCAGUGGUGA